CUCGUCGCAGGGCGAUGACGUCACGCGACCAUAUUUUUCUGGAGGCGGGUUUUAGAAGAUUCUCGAAGAGACUGUGUGAACCUAAGUCUGAUCUGAGCUCAUGAGGAUUCUGUGUAUUGUCUUCUUAUAAGGUUAUCCUAUAAAGGCAAACAUGGUCAAGGAAACAGGCUUCUAUGACACUUUAGGUGUGAAACCUAAUGCUACACCUGAUGAAUUGAAAAGGGCCUAUCGCAAACUAGCCUUGAAGUAUCACCCUGACAAAAAUCCCACAGAAGGAGAGAAGUUCAAGCAGAUCUCGCAGGCAUAUGAGGUGUUGUCAGAUGCCAAGAAAAGAGAACUUUAUGACCGUGGAGGUGAAAAGGCGAUAAAGGAAGGAGGCACUGGCGGUGGUGGGGGUGGCUCUGUGUCACCCAUGGACAUCUUUGACAUGUUUUUUGGAGGAGGCAGUCGAAUGCACAGAGAGCGAAAAGGUAAGAAUAUUGUUCACCAGAUAUCGGUGACGCUUGAAGACCUGUAUAAUGGAGCUACACGAAAACUUUCUGUCCAGAAGAAUAUUGUUUGUGACAGAUGUGAAGGCCGUGGGAGUCGCAAAGGAGCAGGACAAUUGUGUAUGUCUUGCCACGGCACAGGCAUGCAGGUCAGAGUGCAUCAGCUACUACCAGGUAUGGUCCAGCAAGUGUCCACGGUGUGCCACAACUGCCAGGGCCAGGGACAGAAAAUCAGUCACAAGGACCGCUGCAAAGCUUGUGCAGGCCGCAAGAUCUUGCGACAGAAGAAGAUCUUAGAGGUCCACAUCGACAAAGGAAUGAAAGACGGUCAGAAAAUAGUUUUCCAUGGAGAGGGCGACCAGGAGCCAGGACUUGAGCCAGGCGACAUCAUCAUUGUCCUGGACCAGUGUGAACAUCCACGUUUCACCAGGAGAGGACAGGACCUGAUGAUGUCCAUGGAGUUGCAGCUGGUUGAGGCCUUGUGUGGUUUCAAGAAGCCUGUUCAAACACUGGACGACAGAACGCUCCUUGUCACCUCACAUCCAGGAAAAUUGAUCAAACCAGGAGACACAAAAUGCGUCCUGAAUGAAGGGAUGCCCACGUACCGGAGGCCGUUUGAGAAGGGACGUCUCAUAAUUAACUUUUCGGUGGUGUUUCCACGAGACAACUUCCUCUCCAACAACAAGCUGAAGGAGCUGGAGCGCUACCUCCCAAAGAAGAUGGAUGCAGCAGAGCCAGACGGUAUGGACGAUGACCUCUACAUCUACGCUGACCUGGAGGAGUGUGACUUUGAGAACAGAAAGCGGCACAACCAUCACUACUACUACAUGGACGAAGACGACUAUGCCAGCACCGGGGGCGUUCAGUGCCACACGUCUUAAAUGACAACUGCCUACUAUUCUUCUAUAACAAGCCCAAAUCAUCAUCUCUAAAGCGAAGCACCUUUUUGAAAAAUUUGUGCACUUUCUAUUUUGUUGCAUUUCAAAAAUUCAUAACUGUCGACUUGUUGAAGAUUUCUUAGAAUCAUAAAAGUGAGUCCUAACACAUGGCUAGUCUGAGGAAGCAAAGCAUGUUGAAGUUCCUGGACUAAACUCUGAUCCUGUUGAAUGGGAUUCUUACCAUCUCUGGGACCUUUUAAUUCCUUUUUCUAAUCACACUGUGAUGUAGAUGAGGGCUGGUGUUACAGCAGCUACUGAAGAAAGACAAACCUCGAUCUAAGUAGUGACUGUCUGCUCAAUAUGCAGUUACACUACAUUUGCCAAUAUAAAUAUUAAUAUAAACUUAACUUUUUUUGUGCUGUCACUAAAUCAGCUGUUAUUGUGAACCACUCGGCCGACUGACCUGUUCAGCCUGCUGUGUGUGAAGACUCAGUGUUGAGCUUGUGGUGGAGCAGGAUAUGUUAAAACUUGAUUUUAUUAUGUUUUAAAUUUAAGGGCUAUUUUCUAAACACUCAAAAAUGUGACGAGCAGGAGGUAAUGUUGCAAGCAGGCAGACUGUUUAG